GAACGAGAUUCCAAAGGAAAUUUCAUUUCUAAUAUUCGCCAUCCCACCAGGAAAGAAGGAGAGAGAAACCAAGGCGCCGCCUCCAGUUCCGCGUCCAGGCACUUCCUAGGUAAUGAUGGAUCUACAGAGGACCCAGUCCCUGCUUCUGCUCUUGGUGUUGACCCUGCUGGGGUUAGGGCUUGUACAGCCCUCCUAUGGCCAGGAUCGAAUGUACCAACGGUUCCUUCGACAGCAUAUGGACCCUCAGGGGACAGGUGGCAGUGACAACUACUGCAAUGUGAUGAUGCAGAGAAGGAAGAUGACUUCAGUCCAGUGCAAGCGCUUCAACACCUUCAUCCAUGAAGACAUCUGGAACAUCCGUGGCAUCUGCAGUACUACCAAUAUCCAGUGCAAGAAUGGCCAGAUGAACUGUCACGAAGGUGUAGUGAAGGUCACGGACUGCAGAGAGACAGGGAACUCAAAAGCUCCCAACUGUAGAUACAGGGCAAGAGCCAGCACUAGGCGAGUUGUCAUUGCCUGUGAGGGUAGCCCAGAGGUCCCAGUGCACUUUGACAGAUAGAUGCCAUCCUGCAGCUGUUACAGCUGGCAGCUGGCCUCUGCCUCAGUGAGGGCAGCAGUGAGUGACAGCCCCAGGCACUGUUUCCUCUGCUCCUGUCUUAUACUCACAUGUAUCCAAUAUAACCCAUGGUGUUAAGCACAUCCCAUCCAAGAGAAGAAAGAAGCCUCUCCUCAUAGCACUGAUGGCUUCGUUUUCCCAGAUUCUAUCCCCUGGACCUUAUGCAUUACAUGUAUUCAGUUAGUAUCUCAACUGUUAUAAAGAGCCUUUCUGUCCAAAUUGGCCUUGAUCCAAUUCUGCUACUUUAUUUAGAAACUUUGAGUUAAAAGAUUUGAUGAACACUGAAAACAGUGGAAUAUCUCAGACAAAAAUCCAAGUGAAUGGGCCACUCACAAAAGGCAUUACCCACUCAUUAUAUAUACUUUCUGUUAUCCCUAAAUGAUAUUGUUAGGGAAGCCACUAAGAGUUUGGAAAUAGGGGCUGGAGAGAUGCUACUGUGGUUAAGAGCAUGGGCUGCUCCUCUAGAAGACCCAGGUUCAAUUCCCAGCACUCACCUGGCAGCUCACAACUGCCUGUAAUCCAGCUCUAGGUGAUUUGACCCCCUCACACAGACACACAUUUGGGCAGAAUGCCAAUGCCUAUAAAAUCAAAAUAAAGAUUUGGAAAUAACAUAUUGGCAAAAUGAGAGUUACUUGUUAUUACUUUGGUUUGUGGCUUCUAAGAUUUGCUUUAAAUAUAUGAAAAAUGUAGUAAAUCACUAAGAUUUGUUUACCCUUCUCUGAAAGAUUUUUCAAUAUUUUAUUAUAAUAAAGAGCUGUAUGUUGAA